UUCUAGUUAAUUAUGAAAUUUUCAGUGUGAUCAAUUUUUCAAAUUGUAAGUGUUGAAAAAUUUUUGGGCAGUCACGGUGGGUUCUGAGGGCGAAAUGUUCACAAUCGGCCUGCGGCAUUUCUUUUUAGAAGAAGGUUCAUUAAUGGGAGGUUUCGGGGGUUACAUAAAAUUCCUGACGGUUGUCUCCACCAUUUUUGGAGGGAUCUUCUAUUACGUGCCCAUAUCACGUUCAUAUUUCCGCAAGGGUUGUCACAUUCUCAUUGACCUCGUGGCCCUCACCUUGAAAUCAGCCCUGAAUUCCUUCGAAAGUGAUCCUGAAACUGUGAAUCAGACAAGGGUGACAUUUCCAAAUGUUCUCAACCACCGAGAACACAGAAUUUCCAAGGAAGAAAGACGCCGGCGGAGACAGGAGAUUCGAAUAAAAAAUCGAGGAAAUGAUGGAAAUAGAAAUGAAGAUUUCUCAACAGUCCAGCUCUAUCCCGGUCGUGGUUUAGAGCUUCAGAAGUAUAUGAGAGGUUCUCACGGUGGGAUUCAAGAGGCCGAAAUCUACACAUUGAAGGAUCCUCGGAAUGCCACCCCGGCUGACGUCAAGUGGAGCAAAUCAACGAUCAGACGGAGAGACGAUGUUGCUUUGUAUUCUGAGAACGAUGAUGCGAGGACUGUAAAUAGCAAAGCUGAUGAUAUAAAUCACUUGAAAAAGAGGAAAAGUAGGACUCGGCGGGAUGACACAGAGAUUCAAAAACUCGAGGACAAAUUGCGGAAAUUGCGCAGAAGGAUUCGAUCGAUAGCAACAGUACCUGAUAAAGAUUUUAAACAGCAGAAGGAGAUGGAAGCCCUCGCGAUAAUAGAAGAGCUUCUGAUAAACAGUGAUUAUAAAAUUGAAAUAAAGCGGUUGAAGAAUAUCGCGAACAGGCCAGAGGAUGAUAAGAGGGUUAUCGAUGUUAUCAGUGAGGAAAUUAUUACUUCAGGGAUGAAAUCCCGGGGAUCGUCAAGGCAGGGAUCCCCAAGAGUUCUGGGAUUACCCAAGACCGCGGUAGAAGACACCUCCGAAGACGUUGCAGUUCAGCCUCCACUGGUGAAUGACAGGGUAACACCGAUGAUGAAGAACGCCCUUCACUGGGUUUUUGGGCGGUGUCCCAAAGUCUCAUUAACAACGAAAUUUCACUCCACGAAAAUUGACAAGGAGGAUUGAUCAUGGAAAAUGCGUGAUCCAGAUUUUAAUUUCAUCAAUGUUUAUGAAACCUGCGAUGUUUAAUUACAUGGGGUGGCUAGAAAAAUGAUGAAUAAAAUGGGGAGGGUAGGAGAUUGGAAAAAGUGAAAAAAAUGGUAAAAUAUGAUGGAUAUGAUAGAUGUAAUGUUUGGCAGGGGUUUUGAGUGAGUCAAAAAAAGAUCGCGCGGUGUCUUGGGUAAGCUUGAAGAAGAAUGGUUUAUCAAGUGACUGGUGUAAGACAGUCGAGCUCCAACCGACAAACGCGCCGGAUCUUUCUCACGCAAAAUUCAUUCCCGCGAAACUGUUUAAAACACGUGACCCCUUUUUCCAUU